AUGUCUUCGUCUCCGUCGGCGGACAGCUCUGCCCCGCACCUCCGCAAGCCCCUUGGCUCUAGCAAGGGCGCGGGCAGCGAUAUGUCCAUGAUGUUCUUCGCCCAGCCCGACUGCCCCGCGAGGUUCGCCCACCACGACGAGCACCGCAUUAGGGGCCUCAACGCUGAGGCUAUCGCCCGCGUCCUCCUGCCGCCAAUCGUCGACACGGACUGGUCCGAGCAAUGGUUCCUUAUGAGCGGCCGCGUUCACCCCUACGCCCUCGCCUGGGAGGUGGAGCGCCGCGACGGUCUUGAGGCCGGCCCAGACGAUACCGUCCUCUACACAGUGCCCGCCCUUAUCGUCCGCGACCAAGGCUACCAGCCCGUCCUCCCACGCUCCUUGGCCUCUGGCGGCCAGUUCCCGUCUACGCCUCCUGUUGUCUCCUUCCAUGGCGUCAUCGCCGGGCCUGGCCUUGACCUCCUGCGUGGAGACUUCCUGCCAGGUCUCGGGCCCGACCAGCUCCGCUGCUGCGGCUUCGUCUUUGUUAUCUUUCCCAUCUAUGCUAACCCUUGGGCCGUCGUCGGCCUUCUCGACCACCGUCUUAUGCUCUGCCCCCCGGGCUCAGAGCGCGAUUACGUCUUUAUCGUCGUCCCGGACAGCUGGAACUUUGUCGACAGGCCCUCGGCGGCCGCCUCCGCCUCGGCUUCCCCCCUUGCUACGCCCCUUAAACGUCAGACCCUAUCCGCCUCCUCUACCUUUGAUUCCGUCCGCGCCGCCUUGUACUCCGUUGCUGCGCCGGCCUCGGCUGCGUCGGCUCCCCCUUCCUUGGCCUCGGCCCCGACCGCCCUCGACCCCGUCACACCACCGCCUAAGCGCUCCCACCCGGCCCUUGCCGAUACGCCCAUGAAGAGGGCGCGCUUGCUGCAGCAGCAGAAUUCGCCGCCUUCCUCGUCUUCGGACACCGUCAGCUCCGCCGCCCCCUCCUCCUCUCCCCCGCCGGCCGCUUCUUCGUCUCGACCGAGCGGCGUCCCGCCCGUUCCGCUCCGGCAGCCAAGCCGGGUUCCCCUCUUGACUCUAUUGUCGCGAGCACCUCCGACCCGCCCGCUCGACCUAUCCGCUAUCGCAUGCAGAAAUGAGCUGCCUACUAUAAACCUAUCGCUCUCUUACGCCUCUUGCCUUUACUAA